AUGACCGAAAUCACGUUGAGCAAUGGUAUCCACUGUUUACCUGCUCCACAAAUGUUUGUGGAUCCAGAAAUUCUUGAAGCGUUAGAUGAAGAACAAAAACAGAUACUGUUCAUUAAAAUGCGGGAGGAGCAGGUUAAACGCUGGAAGGCCAAUGAGGAAAAGUAUGAAAGAGAAGGUGAAUACUGUAACCAGAAGUCGCGGGAUAAUAUGCGAAGAAUCAGGUGGUUGAAAGGAGAAGAUGGAAAAGAUUGGGUUUGGGUUAUGGGUGAACAUAAAGAUGAUUUAACUAUUGAAGAAAUAACGGAAAAGCGAGCUCUUGAAGAGGCUCGACAACUUGCUGAAAAAGAAAUGCUGGAAAGCAUGCAUUUGAUGGAACUAACGGAUCAUGAUUCAUCUUUGGUUGGACCAAAUGAAGACGAAGAUACGUUAAAAGAACAAUUAAGUCGUAUAGAGCCAUGGAAAAAUACGAGUAGUAAGAUACAGGCAUGUAUUAACAGUUUCGCACUUCAUGAUCUGCAUGAUUCGAAAGUUUUCGAGUCUCUUUAUGAGAAUGCAGAUUCGUUGUUUGACAAUUCAAAUGGUGAAAUAAAUCCACCAUUUUAUGAUGGUUCAGUCGCAAAAGUGUUUCUUAAAGGUAUUUUGAAGCAUGCUAGAGAAAAUCUUUUGGAGCACAACGUGACUACUGAACAACCAGUUGUAUUUGAUGCAGUAACAGAAUCAGUUACUCUAUCCAAGCCUAAAACUAACGCUGAAUUUUCUGAGAAAAGUUCACUGAAUACAAAUACCCAUGAAGAUGAACUCAAUAAAAGAACACAAGGCUCAUAUCCAAAUCAUCUGUCUAAUAUUCCUGAGUCUUCUCGAUUUGAACAAACUGAUGUGCCGACAGAUAAAAAUCUACAUCUAGUAGAAGAACAAGGCUUGCCAGUAACGAUUGCAAAAUCAGUGUUCUGCAGGGAUCAGCAAAAUUCUCGAACUAUUCCUGUAAAUGUACAGCACAAUCCUAUCCAAGAAAUAAAUGCUAGUUUAGUGAAGUUUCGGUCCAACAGUAGGGAGGGACAUGGCAUAUUAGAUAUCGAUAAUGAAAUCACAAAACGACAGUCUGAAAUUUUUGAAAAAAUCAAAGAAAAACAUCAACAAUUUGAUCGAGAAGCAGAGCAAGAAGCAAAGCGUGUUGAACAAGUUUGGGAGGAACAAGAAAAGAGAGCGCGAGAAGCAGAAGCUCAAAUCCGUCGAAUUGCUCAGCGAGCCAGAGAACAACAUCGUCAACAAAGCUUGCGCACAUCAAGCUCAAUUUUACCAGCUUUGAAAAAUUCAGAGACCACGUCUUUAAAAGAGGCUUUGAAAAGCUUACCUCGCCCUCCAAAACCAAAAUCUCGUGAUGCGAUAAUUAGAUGGUUUAGAGCUAAAGAGUUACCGAAAGGGACAGGUUUUGAUCCAAUUACACACCGUCCAGCUGUUUGGUUUCACGGGAUAAUUUCAAGAAAUGAAGCUGACGAGAUGCUUCAAAAUAAACCUUCGGGUUCAUUCCUUAUUCGUGUCUCAGAACGCAUUUGGGGCUAUACUAUGUCAUACGCUGUUGGUAAUGGUAACAUAAAACAUUUUUUGAUCGAAAAAAUAUCUCAAGGAUAUCAGUUUCUUGGAACAAAUCAAAUAGUGCAUAAACAUCUACAUGAGCUUGUCGCAUUUCAUGAGAUUUCGCCAAUUACUCGCUCAGGAAAUGAGAUAUUGCGUUGGGCUGUAGGACAAGUGGAUCUCAAUGUGCCAGAUUAUGCUACCCUAAUUUCUGAAUAA